UAUGCCAAGAAAAUGCCGCUCCGACCCGAUCCGGCCGCGUGGAACGAGAUUCAGAAACAACACCCCAAGCAACAGAGACACACUAGAGUGAAUGGGCAGGCGCGAUUUGCUUGCGUCCAAAACACUAUGAGGUCAGUGAUAGUCAAUGGCAUGACAGGUGUUAUAUACAAGCUUUUCCGCGGACAUGGCUGACCGAUUCCAAUCUCGGAAUAUCCAUACAAGAAAUUCCCAGUCUUGGAGUGCCUGUUGCGCGCCGUGAAAAUAAACAUGAGCCAUCUAGGCCAAGUCCGCAUCGGGCAUAGAGCUCCCGACUUCCACUGUGAAGCAGUCGUCGGAGGCUCCAUCAAGGAAGUAUCGCUCAGCACUUUUAUUCGUCCUUCGACUUCACCUGGCUCCGCCGACUCGGAUGCCCCUUGGCUGCUUUUGCUCUUCAUACCAGCCGCAUUUUCCUUUGUGUGUCCGACUGAGGUCAUUGCCUUCCAGACUUGUUACGAAGAAUUUCAGGAGAGACACUGUAGUAUUGCUUUUAUCUCGGUCGAUACGAAGCAUUCCUUGUGGCACUGGCAGAAUGUGCCACGGCAGUAUGGCGGUCUCGGUAACAUCGAAAUACCGCUGUUGAGUGACGCGACUCACAAGAUCGGUCGGGACUAUGGCGUACUCUUCGAGGAGGAAGGUGUAUGUCUGCGAGGCAUGUUCAUCAUCGACGGCCAAGGACUGGUACAGCAGAUCACACUGAACAAUCUCACUGUGGGGCGGAGUGUCUUGGAAGCCCUGCGACUCCUUGAGGCUUUCCAGGCUGUUGCAAAGCAUGGUAUUCUCUGUCCGAUCGACUGGAAGCCAGAUUCAAACGCGUCCGACACAGUCAGCACCAUUUCAAACACUCUCCUGGAAUCAUACGACGACCGACUGGCAAAUUUGCAAAAAGAAUUCGGUGAUGUACAGGUCACGGAUCUCGAUAUGAAGCAUAAAACCCUGCCCCGAGUCGACAGCAUACCCCAUGCAGAGUUUACAGACUUGCCGGGUCCGCAGAUCAAUCUCAGUCCUGCUGAGUCCGAGGAUAUCACCGCUGAUGCCCGAGAUCCACCACCUACUCCCGGGCAUACUGUUUGUACGCCUCGUGUACUCCCACCGACGCCGCGGAUCACAACAGAAGGCUUGGGUCUCGCAAUUAAUUCACAGCCCUCUAGCCCAAUCACUGCGGUCUCUACACUUGUUGCAACGCCGGUUGGUCAACACCCGCCACCGCUGAAACUGCAGAGUAUGGAGCGAACCGCCCGCCACAGUCGAGGCCACCACUCAGCGCACCAUCACCACAAAGCGCUCACUGAACCCCCACGGAAAGUGCGAAACUUUGUCCCGGGACCGAACACGUAUGAGUCUCAAGGCGGGUCUUUUGUGGUGUUGGAGUUUGCCGAUCCGAUCUCGAGCCCGAUGGUCAGCCCCAUUGCAGAACACAACUUGCACAAGGGGAUGCGCCCGAAGAUGACGCAGCGUGCAAGCAGCCCACCCACCCAAUCGAUCGCGGCAAGACGGGCGGCGCCGGUACUGAGCCGUGCAAUGAGCUGGAGCGGUGCGCUGAAGCGCGAGGGGAGCAGCCCCAGUGCCUCUGCGCUGACGCCCACGGCCAAAUCACCUACCGGCACUGGUGGUGUGAGCAGCCCGGGCCAGACCAGGCUGCAGGCGACGUUCCUAGCGAUCAAGAAGAUGAGUGCGGGACUCAGCAGCCCGAGGUUCGAUUUGACGCCGAACAAGCAGAAGGAAGGCAGUGGAAGGAGUCCUGGCUACUUCGACGUCACCACUGGGGAGAACGAGAACUGAUGCGCAGCACGGAGGGCAGAGUUGGCUGCAGCAGUCAUUCGCUAUUUUUCGGUCUGUUACUGAUUUCCUACACUGCAUACUAAGAGAAGGAA